AUGACUAUCUUCGACGUCCUGAUCAUCGGCGGCGGCCCGGCCGGACUGUCAGUGGCCACUGGCCUCGCGCGCCAACUGUACCGGGCUAUCGUAUUCGAUUCUGGUGUCUAUCGAAAUGCCCUCGCCAGCCAUAUGCACAAUGUGGCUUCAUGGGAUCACAAGUCGCCCGAAGAAUUUCGCCGGGCCGCUAGAGAGCGCAUCCUAUCGCGGUACGACACGAUCGAAUUCGAGAAUGUCGAGAUUAAGAAGGUCGAACGGAAUACUGAAGGAUGUUUUAAUGCUAUUGACUCGCAAGACCGAGUGUGGACGGGAAAGAAGUUGGUCUUUGCCAAUGGAGUCCGCGAUAUUUUCCCAGAUAUCGCGGGAUAUGGAGAGUGCUGGGCACGGGGAAUAUUUCACUGUCUCUUCUGUCAUGGCUUUGAAGAACGAGGCUGCGAAGCCGCCGGAGUGCUCGCCAUUGGGGAUAUGGCCAACACCAUGGCGGCGAUGCACAUUGCACGCAUGGCCAGGCGGUUUGCCACGACAGUCACCAUCUAUACGCACGGCGUGCAAGAAGUCACCCAGGCACUCGAGAAAGUCAGCUACGAUGCAGGUAUCAAGGUCGACAGUAGACCUAUCGCACGACUGGUCAAGGGACCGGGCCCAUCUGAUGUGGACGUUGAAUUCGAGGAUGGUACUCACAGAACGGAGGGAUUCUUACCCCAACGGCAGUUGAGGGUAGCAGAUACUGACCACCUGCAGGCCCACAAGCCUAAAACGCAAAUCAAUGGCCCGUUCGCCGAGCAACUAGGAUUGCACCUCACUUCUGACGGCAAUAUCGAGACAACGGAGCCCUUCUACAGCACCUCCGUCCUAGGAGUAUAUGCAGCGGGUGACUGUGCCGUUCCCAUGAAGGCGGUAGUAACGGCCAUGUCGUCGGGGACGUUGGUGGCGGGAGGAUUGGCCGGACAGUUACAGGCAGAGCUGUAA